AUGAAGCUCACUUUCGUGGCAGCGACGGCCGUCUUUUCGACGGCCAAUGCGCUGUAUAUCCCCAACAGCCAUGCGCAGCGAUAUCCACCACACAUUGAUGACGGCGGCUACCACGUCAAGGACCCUUACUACAACCCCGGUAACAGGCCUGACCUAACCCAGAUGCUCAGGCCGUCGAGGCCAAUCUGGCCAUUUGCUAGAGUCAUUCCAACUAAGCGCCCUGAUGAGUUUCAACAUGGAAUACCCCUCGAGUCCAAGCCGCUUCCAGAUCACAUCACCCCUCCUCAAGACAAGAAGAAGGAACCCCUUUCGUAUGUCAAAGGAUGUGGGAGCACUCAAUAUGAGAACGAGGAAUCUGAGCAUCGUGUGCACUACUCUCAUAUCCAGGUUCACAAGGCUGUUCCUCGCUCUCUCGAGAAGCGCCAAAAAGGACCUGACCCAAGCAAGGUUGACGUUGAGUCGAAGGAUGCGGUUGCGUCCCUCCUUGACAAAGUCGCGCAACAAAACAAGCCUCUAAUUCCCAAGAACCUCGGAGCCAAGACGAAUGGAACUAGCGCGGAUGAAGUCAAGAAGAACGAAAGGGUCAUCAUUUACCCCAAGAGCAAGCCCAAGCAGCACCAUCAUGAGUUCCUCGAGCGUCUCAUUGGCAAAGUUGAGCAGCAAACCAAGGCAUCUGACGUAUCGGGGACCGAAAAGCAUGGCAAAGAGACGACAAACCAGAAGGAUUGUGACAAGGAGAAGAAUGACGAGCUGCUGGAGAGUGUCAUUGACAAAGUUGAGAAACGAGUCAAGCCUCAGACACCGAAAUUCUCGGGAGACACAUACAAAGGAAAAGCGACCGAGGGCGCCGACGAGAAGCUCAUCGAGGAUGUCAUCGAAAAAGUCGAGGAUCGAGCCCAACCCCAGAUACCCAAAGAGAAAGGCAAAGUGGCUGACGAUGAUGAGGUCUUGGAGGAUCUCCUGGAGCAAGCCAAGCUACAACACAAGACUCGCGUACCUCGAUGGGUCAGCGUAUAUACACCUAGCCCAAUUGAAAAGAGACGCAAGAAGAUGAAGAAGGAGAGGACAAAGCAAGUAAAGAAGCAGCAAGAUAAAAAGAGGAUCACAAAAAUGACCGACAGAGGACUGAGGGGUUACUCGCCCGAGUAUCUAUCAGGCCUACUACGACUCGAAUACGACGAGCUGUGUGAUCACCACCCCCAGAACUGCAUCAAAGCAAAGGGCACUCAGAGAGAAUUCACACGUGAAACUCUGGAGGCCAAGGCGCGACUCGAGGACAUGAAGAAACACGCCAUGAUGUACACCACACCCGAAGACUUCAAAGCCCAACGGUUCCGCAUGGGCGAAAAGGAUGAGGCGCUCUCAGAGACCGAGUUCUGGAAAGACAAGAGGGUGGGACUAUGGUAUCCUGGAAAAUAUCUCUUCCACUCAAAGAUGGAAGGAGAGGAGCUUGAAAGGUUCAACAAGGGGUUGGACGAGUUGGGCUUGAGGAAGCUUGGAUACCAAGGGGAGAUUCUUUUAACUACUAAGGGCAUGGGCUUUGUUAUUGGUUUAGGUCAGGCUUAA